AUGUUCUUUUGUUUUGGAUUCCAAAGAAGCCUCGAUCAAAGAGACCACCAGAAAAAGCAGAAAUGAAACCCAAAAGUUGAUUCUUUAUUAUCAUCACUCUGUAUUCAACCAUUAGCCAUAGAACAUAUCACCUUUGAAAUUUCACCACCUGAAAAAAACAAUCAACCCAGGGAGGACAAAGGAAACAAAAAAAAAUGCAGAAAAUCCAGAGUUUUCAUCUUCUACAGUCUUUUCUGUUCCUGAAUUUCUGCUUAGGUUCUUCCAUUUCUCAGAAAACUGACCCAAUUUCUUGUGGUAAAUUCCAAAUUCAACCUCCUUUCUUAAGUUCUUCUAAUCUAACUGGGUCCUUCCCAUUAAACCAUAUGAUUCUUUGCAGAUCUCAGAAACUGUUUUUCAGAACUUCAAUUGGCCUUUUCCCCAUCUCCAAAAUUGAUUACACCACAAAAACUCUCAUAAUCUCUCAUUUUCAUUCUUCUUUAGACCAUUUUGUUUCACCUUCUCUUCUAUUCUCAGGGCUUCCUUCACCACCAGACCUCAUUAACUCACUCCUCCUCUUCAACUGCUCAAACCCAACAAAACCCAUCUCUGAAUCUGUCCAAAACUGCCCAAAAUUUGAAGCUUUACAAAAGCAAGAUGAAAAAGAAAUGUCCCAAAGAACAUCUUGUUUGAUUUUUGAGGAUCUUGGAAAGCUGAAGGAAAGCUUCCAUCCAAAUGACUUGAAUUGCUCCCAUUUCAGGAGGGUUUACAGAAACUCCUCAGAUUUUGACCUGAAAAAUGUAUACAAAUUGGGAACUUCAAUCUCCUUUGACAUUCCUGAUCAUGUUCCUAAUUUGUGUAAUGAGUGUCAAAAGCCUGAUGGGCAUUGUGGAGUGGGUUUGAGAUGCAUAUGCCAUGUUCUUGAGUGCAAAGAUAAGGUGUUUUCUGAGGGUGGAAUUGUCAGACCUGGUGGUAUAUGUCUCUUUUCUUUGCUGGCUGUUUAUGUGAUGAUCAUUUUGUUUAUGUAAUGGAUGUUUAAUCUAAAAGAAACUCUUCUCAUUCAAUGAUGUACUUAAAAUCUGGCUUGGUUUAUUUGUAUUGACUUGUUUGUAUUGCAUUCAGUAAAGAGGUGAAUUUUCUCCAAUA